CAGACAGGCACCUGGGAGAAUUUGGGAAUCUCAGUUACUUUGCCUUUUUCAUAUUACAAAAUUAGUUGUGCGUUUAGUCUGUUUUUAUUUUCCUUUUAUGGCCUCGUAGACAAUGCUUUGAUUGAACAUGACAAGGAAGAACCACCUUUGGUCUAGGACAUGAAGUCGAACAGGGCCCGUCAAGAGCAGAGAUUUGGCAGGCGCACUCACUCACACGAGCAUGAAUAACUACGUUCCCCGUGUGGCAACAGCGGAAGUGACGGGUGCAUAUCUGCAACCCAGAUUGUCCAAGAACAACAGGCAGACACUCACCCAGUCAGGAAACCGGAGGCCAACGGGCCAAACCACGGGCACCCAGACGGAAAACCGAAAAAGAAAGACGCAGCUGAGGACGCGAUCUAUCGUAAGCCAAAGCCAUGACAACCUAGGGCCAAUCGAAAAAUUGAAGCUUGAAGACCUGACCGCCCGCUGCAGUGCCUCCCAUGAGGGACGAAAGGUGCUUCAGGAGCGAAUUUGUGUGCGGGUCGAUCGCCUGUUCAACAUGCUUUUCUCAGCCUCACCCUUCCUGGAGAGUUUCCACGAGCGCCGCAAGAGCACCGAUCUUUCCAUGGGAGGCUGGACGCGCAAUGCCAAAGGCCAAAAUGAGCGAAUUGUCACGGUGACCGUGGCGCUGCAAGCGAAUCUUGGGCCCAAAACGGCCAAGGUUAUAGAGACGCAGGUUAUGAGGGAAUGCAGCCAGCCCGGGCAACUGUACUCGAUCGAUGUCGAGAGCGUCAACGAGGAUAUACCCUAUGCCGAUACAUUUGUCGUCCAGGUCCACUAUUGCCUAAGAGCCACCGUAGAACACCACACGGACGUCCAAGUCUUUGCCCAGGUCAAGUUUCUAAAGUCGGUGUGGGCGGUGGUCAAGGCCUUUAUCGAGAAGAACGCGUACGCGGGUCUCGAGGAGUUCUGUCAGUCCCUUUACUGCGCCCUGCUCAACGAAAUCAAAAAGAUGUAACCGUUCGCGCAGCAUUUCCUCCUAUUAUUAUUAAAUUAUGGAGACUAA